AUGGCAUCACCACCUGGACCGGUGAUGGAAUUUCUCGGUCGAGUAGCCUACGACUUGGAAACAAUGCGGCCGCUGCUACCGACCUACCUACAUCUUCUCGUAUCGGCUAUCUUCCCUAUCUACACCGCCGCGCAUGCUUCGCUCUCAAGACCUCCGUCCGCUGCGCCUCGCAAGACCAAAACACCAACCGGGGACGAUGAGGAACGCGAUGAAGAUGAAGCUCGGCAGAUCGAGAGCCUGACUCCUUCGGACGCUCUUCUAUUCCCACUUCUGGCCGGUGGGACGCUGGCUUCGCUCUACUUUAUUCUCAAAUGGCUUCAAGAUCCGGCCUGGUUGAAUUGGGCAUUGGGCAUCUACUUCUCUCAGAUCGGCUUGUUCUUUGCCGUCAAGUUUCUGAAGGACAUGUUUCGGGUGGCUCGGUCGCUUUGCUUCCCAUCCACUUACUCGAGCGGCGGUUCGGUUUGGAAGGUGGACGGGCAGCAGCGCUGCUACAGGAGUGAGGAUGGCAAAACAUCAACUUCCCCCUUCCCAGCAUUCCUGCGGGUAAUACCGAUCCCUCGCUCCGUGAGCCGGCGGAUCUGGACACUCAGAAACGUUCUUUAUGCGGAAGCAAGACUUAGGUUGCACGUCCAUGGGCUCAUCACCCUCAAGGAAUCCAUUGACGUCCUGGCCGUCGCAAGUUUGGUUCUGUCUUGCGUCGUCGUCUACUAUCAUGGAUUUGUGUCCAAGCCAUGGUUUUUAACCAACUUUCUCGGCUUCUCCUUCUGUUAUGGAUCUCUGCAGUACAUGACUCCGACCACCGCCUGGACGGGGACGCUCGUGCUCAGCGCUUUGUUUUUCUACGACAUCUAUUUUGUCUUCUUCACGCCCAUGAUGGUGACAGUGGCAACAAAACUGGAUGUGCCUAUCAAACUACUCUUCCCAAGACCUGAUGGUUGUGUGUUCCCAGUGGGUGCACCUGAAGGGUCGGCAGCCAUGGAAGAAUACCUACAGUGCCUCUCAAAGAAGAGGACAAUGGCGAUGCUGGGUCUGGGCGAUAUUGUGGUUCCUGGCAUGAUGCUCGCCUUCGCAUUGAGAUUCGACUUGUAUCUCUAUUAUCUUCGAUUAGGUGAAAGAACUCAGAAGUCGAGCAACACGGUGACGGAAACCGAUGCGCAGAAGCCCAUCUAUGUCAACGCGCGAGGGAGCUGGGGUGAACGACUGUGGACCCGCCGACAACUGUGGUCGAAGGAGGUUAAGGCCAAGCAGUUCCCCAAGCCGUAUUUUUUCGCCACAAUCUUUGGCUAUCUUGUCGGGAUGUGCACCACAGUUGUGGUGAUGCAGGUUGCACAGCAUGCUCAACCAGCAUUGCUAUACUUGGUUCCCGGGGUUCUUCUGUCACUCUGGGGCACGGCGUUAGUCAAAGGAGACUUGAAGACGCUAUGGCAGUACAGUGAACUCGUGGAGGACGACAAGAAGACAACAGAUGGCGGUAGUAAGAGUACAGGCGACGCUCGACAAACCCCAGAUAGCGACCAGAGCAAGAAAGCCGACGAUGAUACAGGCAACGGCGCUGGCCAAGAGCUCGAGCUUGUCAAAACGCCGGAGGCAAGCAGUGCAACCCAGAAGCGUGGAAAAGAGAGCGAGGAGAGUCACUCCCGCAGGCUUGUAUAUUUCUCCAUCACUCUGCCCAGAUCAUCUGAAGAGGGGGAACAGGUGCCUGGAAGUUCGGGAAACAUGAAUGGCUCCGCCGGAGGCAAUGAUCGCGAACGGGGAGACGAUGGCGAGCCUCCUGAGAAGCGGGCGCGUCGGGCAUGA